AUCAGACAAGAGUGUUCUUCAAACUAUCAUCAACCAAUCACCAUUCGACAUUUAUUAAUAUUAUUGAUUAUUGAUUGAUGAUCACCAUUCAGAUUGAAAUCCAUCAUCAAGAGUCAAGACUAACUCAAUGAGAUCAAGAUUAUCCAUCAAAUCCAUCAACAUCAUCAAUAUCUUAGUGAUCUCAUUUAAUAAUAUUAUUCAAGCUGAACCACUGAAUCCAAGAUUCACUUCAUGUAUCUCUCAACAUUCCGAUUCGAUUUCAACUUCAGAUCAACUCAUUAACUUUCAUCAACUCUUCACUCAACUUGAUCACUCUACUCUUUCUCAUCAGCCAAUCUUACGUUUCUCUUUACAUGGUAAUGUUUCAACUCAAUCUUUGGGUUAUAGUUCGAGAACUAAUUUCUUAGCAACACUCAUCACUGAAUCAUCUGUACUUAACUUUCAAACUUUCUUCAAUCAAUCUGCAUUAUGCUCAUCUAUUCGUACUCCAAACUAUCUGGCUUCAAACUUCAGCACUCCUACCACUCCUGAUCAAUCAAACUCUUCUUUGGCUUCUAAUUCCGGUUGUCCAUAUGGCCCAGGUGAUCUUGCUCUCGGUUUCUCAAUCCCUCUCACAAGUACAUUUCCAUUCACUUCGAUUUCAACUCAGCUUCAUCUACUCGAUACCUCAACCCCGGCACUCACUCUAGCUUGCGUUCAAUUCGAUUCGACACCUUAUUACCCUCAUCAAUUCUAUUACAAAAUCAUCUUUUGGAUCCCAGUGGCUCUCACUAUCACUUAUCUCAUCGCCUCUUGGACUGCUAGGAUUUGGGCUGCAAAAAUAUCUGAACAACUUGAUCAUGAAGCUAGAGUGGCCACCAGUAUCUCUGAUCCUUAUAAUCCUGCCAACUUUGAUUCAAUGCCUCAUUGGGCUCUUAUCUGGUGGAACACUUGGGCCGGUCAAGGUUUACUGGUCUCUGGCGCACUCCUUAGAUUUGCUACUCCUAGUGCUCGUGAUAUCAUUUGGCAUGCUCAAUUUGUGACCUGCUUAGGUCUCUUUGCUGUUCAAUGGCCCGAUUUCUUCUACCCUAUUGUGGCUCAAACGGCUUGGAGUACACUCGUCUUCAACAGCUCCUUCAUCAACUCCUUUCGUUCAUCAUCACACCUUCCUGUCGAUGCACUCGCCACGCCUCCGUAUGAUCCACCCAGUCCGUUUGUGACUCAAAUGGACGACCCUCAAAGUCCAAUCUACCUCAAUCGUAACUUACCAAAUCAACUACUCAACUUGAGACCAGAGUCACCUGGUUUUGAGCGAUGGGCAAAGAUCUUGGGUAUCCAGUCAACUCAAGUCUUUGGUACCUCGGCUGUCUUCUUUGGAAUCAUUUGCGGUGUAGCUAUCGUUUGGGGCGUAAUAUGUUAUAUCAUAGAUGUUUCAAUCUCUUGCCUGAAUCAUCGAAAAGAAAUGGCCGCAACUGAAAUUGAUGAUGGUGUUGGAUAUGAAAGUCGAGAUGGUAGAGCUCCUUCAAAGGAACUUGAGGAUAUUGUCCGUGAUGGAAGUACGUCCGCUCAAUCACCAUGGUGGCAACCCAAACUCUCAGGGGGCUUUCGAGAAAAAUCUCCCAAACGACCGCCUCAGCGUAGAUUGUCUGGUAUUGGACCAAAGGGCUUUUCUCGAUUUACUCACGCUUCAGCUUGGAGGCUUCAUUGGGCUUCACUACAAGGAAAUCUAACUAGAAUCAUCUUACUGUUCUAUUAUCCAAUGAUUAGUUUUGCUUCUUAUCAAUUGAGCCUCUUUGGAACAGCAUCUACUUCUUCAAUCGCAGUGGCUGUGGUAUUUCUUUUUCUUUUCGUCUCAGUACCAGUUUUACAAAUCUAUCGAAUCAAGAAACGUACACCUGUUCAACUUUUGGAUGACCUUCCCACCAUCCUUGCUCUUGGUCCGCUUUACAAUACCUAUGCUGAUCGGAAUGAGAUCUUCAUCGCUGUACGACUCUGUAGUGCCUUGGUAGUCGGGAUCGCUCUGGGUGCUAGUCAAUCUAUGGCUAUCAUCCAUGCUGUAGUUUUAUUGGUGGCUGAGAUGACUGAGACAACUUUGACGUCUCUAUGGCUUCCGUGGGGUGACGGAGCUGCCAUGGCCCCAUUAUCUUUUGUCUUUUCAGUCUCUCGAAUCAUCACGGCUGUGAUCUUGGUGGUCUUAACCCCAACAGUUUCCCUCGGUUCGAUUGCGACCGGAUGGCUAACCUAUGUGAUCUUGUUACUACAAGCCAUUGUGUUUCUACUACUGCUAUUGAUGUUAUUGGUUAAGAUUGUUGAGCUCGGAUUGCGAUUAAUCGCUCAUAUUCCAUUUGAUGAGACCCGUAGUACUCGAUCAGGUGGGCUCAAGGGUGCGAUCCGAAGAUGGGACCGAAACGGGAACCGCACUACUCGUCAUGGUCGAGCUGCCGCAAUUGCUGCAAGACGAAGAAGGCGAAGGAGAAUUAAGCAAAGUGGAAGCACUUCACUUGGUUUGGGUAUCAAACAACCUAGCAACACCUUACCUCCUAGAACAUCGAUUCAGUUUUUGGAUGGACAGCUAAAGGGAUCUGUUUCAGGCUUGAGCACAUCUCAUCCGCUCAUCAGACAAGAACAGGAUGACAUGCGGAACCGGAUCAAUGUUCUUUCUCAUGGUCAUCAAUCACCUGUUGGUAUGAUUGGAAUGAAUGACGAUGACGGAAAUAUAAUGUCUGCGAUGUCACAAGGACCAUGGCUUCGAACCCAACCACCUUUUGAACUCAACACGAUCCCAUCAGCACAUCAUGAAUCUCAUCAUCCUGUUCAUACGCCACCGAAACCUCCUCCCACCACAGCUGUGGCUUCAUCUGGAUUUGCGGUAGUCAGAGGAGGUCGAGCAACAGAAAAGACACCAUAUGAAGUUCAUGAUGAUGGAAGAAGAAGAGAUUAUCCACCCAUGGCACAUCAAGCCCCAUCUACAUCUGGAUUUUCAUCUUUCACUGGAAGUGGGAAUCGUACGACUACUAAUUUAUUUGAUCAACCUGAUCAUCAUACUACUUCACCUAGAAUUGAAAACCAAAAGAAAAAGAUUGCAAGAAAGAAUAAGCGGACGAUGUGGAGAAUUGGAGGUUUGAGUAAUCGGAGAAGAAAUGAAAGUUCAUCUGAAGAUGAUGAGACAACCGAAGAAGAAGAAGAAGAAGAUGAUGAACCAAGAGAAGGGAAGAGUCGGAUUGGAAGAUUGUUUGGGAAUUGGAAACGGUCAUCGACUACUUAUCAAAGAAGAUCAUCAACAGAAGAUGAGCUAAUUGAAGAAGAAGGAAAUGUAGAACCCACAAGUAGUGGUGGUGGUGGUGGUACUAAGACCUUUGAAGUGGUUAGACAACCUAGAUUGAAACCUUCACCUGCUUUGGUUCAUACGCCUGUUACGUCAUUGGGAUUAGGAGGAGGAGGAGAUGACACGGAUUUAUAAUGUCUUAUGAGAAAGUUUAUUUAGUUUAUUAUUACUUGGGAAAACUUUGAAGGAUUUGAAUUUAGGUUUAACUUUUCUUCUUUUUCUCUAUGGACCUUUUUUUGUCUAUUGUUUUUUUUUUGGCUAUUAUUGGCAAUGCUUUUUUUUACUUUUUUUUACUUUUAUGGGAUUUUGGAUUUUGGAUUAGAGUGUUUUUCAUUUAUUUUUAUUGUUGUUUUUCUUUAUAUUUUUAUUGAUGAAUUUCAUGAAUUUGAAUGGAUGAAUGUGUUUAUAUGUGUAUAGACUCAUGGGGGUGUUUUGGGGGAAGAUAUAUAUGGGAUAAAAGAGGAUAAAUCAAUAAUUUGAUAAUUCGCUUAGGG